AUGGAGCAGCAGCUAGCAGCUUGCCUCGAGGCAACGCUCUCACCGGAUGCGGCUACCAGGACUCAGGCAGAGUCACAACUCGAAUCGUUACGCUCUCCUCAGACCGAUCCUACAGGACAGGCAGGCUUGGGUCUUGUCAAGGUGCUGCUUGACUCGAACACGCCCAUACACAUUCGACAGUCUGCUGGUCUCGCUCUACGCAAGUACAUCACAGCACGUUGGUCGCCCUACUUUGAUAAUUUCGUCGGAAGCGCCCUCGAUGUGACGGUCAAGCAGCAGAUUCGUCAAAUUCUGCUGGCGGGUCUCGCUGAUCCCGUUCGCAAGAUCCGCAACGCCACAUCCUACGCCAUUUCUACCAUCGCUGGCCCCGAUUAUCCCGAUGAAUACCCCGAUCUGCUCCCCUAUAUACAGCACCUCCUCCAACAACAAGAGCCCAAUGGCUUGCAUGGUGCCAUGACCCUCCUCUCCGAGUUUGUUCGUGUCGAGAUGGAUGAGAUUCAGCUCAUUCAGGUAGCCAAAGAGAUUCUUCCUGCAUUGGAGCAAGUCCUAGCACAAGAGCAGCAACACAGUGCCUAUGUGCGCGCUAGGUGCCUGCUCGUCUUCCGACAAUGCCUCACGACCCUCUUUAUGGUCAAGGAGUCGUAUCCCGAUGUGGUCAAGCAAGCAUCGCAGGUCAUGCUUCCACGUUGGCUUUCCAUGAUGCAGACGCUUCUAGCCACUGAUGCAGCUCAAGAGCUUGCUUCGGAUUUACAGCAGGGGUGGCCAACAUUGGCGUUGCGCAACGAAAUCUUCAAGACGCUCAAGGUCGCUGCCAUGUUCCGUGCUCAGUUCAAAUCAUACCUGUACAGCUUCAUUCAGUCGUCCAUAUCCAAUCUCGCCUCACUUCUUCCCGUCUUCAAGCAGCUCUAUUUAUCCAGCACGUCUGGUAUUGAUGUACCCGCAACAGAAGAGGGGGAAGAAGAUGUUUCUUGCGACUUGCCCUCCUUGGCUUGCUCUAUCUUCGAUUUUAUCAAUGAAGUGUCCCGAGGAGACCGCUCCCGCGAUCUUUUUGUCCAUGGUGGUACAGGGGGGCAGGGAUGCGAGACUGAGGCCUUGAAACAGCUCAUCAGUCUGCUCCUCGUCUUCAUUGAUAUGACCGUCGACGACGAGGACAAUUGGGCCAACGACGCAAACGCCUUCAUCGCCGAUGAAGAUGACGAGACUCUCGCUUACAGCCUGCGCAUUGCAGCUGCCGACUUGCUCGGUAUGCUCAUCGAGGACUUUCCGAUUCCAUCGCUUCGAUCCAUCGGACACCAGGUUCACCAACUCGUUGCACAGGCAAGCGCCGAGAAGGCUGCUGGCAACGAGAAUUGGUGGAAGGCGCACGAAGGUGUACUGGCGGCCAUCGGCAACAACGCAGACGCUAUUGGCGAAAUUAUCGACACUCAGUCCGAAGGCAAAGUCGCACUUGGCCUCGAGUCCAUCUUCUCCAACAUUGUUUUACCCAACGUUGGCAAUGAUACACACCCUUUCCUGCAAGGGCGCUGCUUUGUUUUCGCAUCCCAAUUUGCGACCUCGCUCCCCUCCGAACUGGCCACUCAAUUCCUUGACGCAGCUGUCAACGCGAUCGACUCCGAAAGUGCUUCUCUGCCAGUCAAGAUCUCAGCGGUCCGCACCAUCAAGAACUUCUACCGACACUUGCCCUCAAACAUUGUGGAUCCUUACGCACCACGUAUCGUGCAAAAACUUGGACCUCUUCUUACGCAGGCUUCCGACGACACGCUCAUCCUCAUUAUCGAGACGUUACAAGCGGUAAUUGUCAAAGAGACGGAAAGCGGCGACGUUACGACAGCGGCCCACGUAGAGCCCGACAUCAUUGGCGAGAUUGUCCGCGCAGCUCUUCAAGUAUGGGCACCAAAUGCUCAAGAUGUUUUUCUUCUCUCGGUGGUCUCGGACUUGCUUGAGUCGCUCGCCAGAUCCAAGCAAACCGGCGUCUCCCAAGUCAUCGUCCAGCAAAGCUUGCCAUUUUUGUCCGCCGCCAUCGGCUCAAGUCUGUCAGGCCAGCCAAGUUCGUCUGCAGAUGACCAACCUUCCGCUGUUGUGGAAACUGCGAUAGAGCUCGCCAAGAGUGUGCUCGACGGUGCCAACUCUGCUGCUCUUCGCGGCGCAGUCAACGUGCUCUGUCCGAAUCUUUUCCAAGUACUUUCCACCAGCCAGGAUCGUGAUGUGCUGCAAAAUGGUAUCGAGUGUCUAACCGUGCUCGUCAAAAAAUGCACUCAGGAGCUCGUUGAUUGGAAGGAGCCUAAGGUGCAGACAGCAUCGGUGGAUCUUAUGCUCCAGAUCAUUGCCAAGCUGCUCGUUCCUACCGACAACUUCGAGAGCGGCGGUCUUGCUGUAGGUGACCUUGUAGUGGCGCUUCUGAGAAAGGCACGCGAUCAGAUCGCGCACGUGCUGCCAGAACUGCUCAACGCUAUGGCCCAACGUCUUGCAACAGCACAAACAGCCAGCUUUAUACAGUCUCUCAUUGUUCCUAUUGCGUAUCUUCUACACGACAACGAUGAGCAGGCAAAGGAGGUCAUGGAUCUUCUCGAGUCGAUGCAGGUGGCGCCUUCUGUGCAGAAUCCGACUGCAGAGAGCGGCAACGGGCUUGAGGUGCUCUGCAAGAAAUGGGUCGACAAUGUCGAGACCUUGCAGGGUUUCUGGGCACAACGAGUGAGCGCGCUUGCGCUUGCCAAGGUUCUAGAUAGUCGACGGCCUUUCCUCACCACGAUCAACGUCCGAGGUGACAUCCUCCCGGACAACUCGGGUAUCAUCCGGACUCGUUCACGCGCAAAGACGAUGCCACACCAGUACACCAGUGUGCCGAUGUUUGCCAAGAUCGUCAAGGUACUUGUCAAGGAAUGGAGUAGUGCUUCCAGAUGCGGUAAUCGGGGAGGUUUGAAUGCAGGAGACCGAGCGCGUACACCCGAGACAGACGACGAAGACGGUGAGUGGGAUGACGAGUACGAGCCGCACUCUGGAGGAAAGGACGACUUUGGCUUGCUCUCGGACAUGCUGGGACCAGGUGGCUUGGAUGCGUUGCAGGACGACGAUGCUUUCGGGCUUGAAGACGACGAGGAUCUCAAGUCUGACCCUGCCUACACGAUCGACUUGAAGACCUGGCUGUCUCAAUACCUGCAGCAUCUUGCACAGACAGUCGGGCGUGCCUCUUUCGAGUCUCUUCUCGCACCUCACUUGAACGCAGAAGAAUCGUCGAUGCUCAACUCGAUCCUUUAG